AUGUCUGAUUCACCUGUACAGCCAGAAAGUUCGGAAAUCCAAGAAACCGAUAUUUCAAUCAUAUCACACAAGAAAGCACAUAAAUGUUGCAACAAUAACGAGGGAAAAUGCUGUGGUAAAUGCAAAUCAGAAGAAUGCUGUAACAAAGAAGAAGAGGAAAAGAUGUACGAAGUUGAUGCUAAAGAGUAUCAAAUGUUCUUAUGCUGGAGAAGUCGUAUCCAAGUAAAGAUCCAAAGAUCAAAUGAACAAAACAAGCAAAAUGGAUUCAAUCCCGAACAGCAAAUUCCAAAUACACAACAAAAGCAAAUGAAUCAGCCUAUAAAUAAUAAUAAUUCUAAGCCAAUUAAUCCUGCACUUCUUGUUCCUCCGCUGCUUAAUCUUCCUUAUUGCAAUUGCAAUGCUUUACCAUAUCCACCAACACAGCAGCCGAAAUAUCCUCCUCAAUAUUAUCCAUAUCAACAGCCAUAUCCAAAUCCUUACCCAUAUUAUCAAUAUUCAAUGCCUACUUCACCACAGUUAUGCCAAUGUGGUCUUCCACUUGUUAACCAACCUCCACCUGUAUAUGCUCCAAUGCCGAACUACGGCCCAUGGUAA